ACCAAGACUCCUGGAUUUGCUAUUUUUCCUUUCUGAAAGCAGGUCUCACCUAUCUCCUGGUUCAAUCUAGGAAAAAGGAAAGGAAGGGAUUUAAAAGUAAACACUGAAAUGAGAAAGAAUUCACUGGGAGUUUAUCAAACUAAGUUAAAAUAGCUAAGUCAGCCUGAGAGGUGCUUGGCACAGAGAAGGAGCAAAUAUUUCCUCAUCAUGCUACAACAUUUAGUAAUCUUUUGUCUUGGAUUGGUUGUACAAAAUUUCUGCUCCCCAGCUGAAACCACAGGGCAGGCAAGAAGAUGUGAUAGGAAGUCUCUUCUUACGAUUAGGACCGAGUGCCGAUCCUGCGCUCUCAACCUUAGAGUCAAGUGCCCAGAUGGUUACACCAAGAUUACCAAUGGCUCUGUAGGAGUUCGAGAUUGCAGGUACACCUUUGAGGUCGGAACAUACUCUCUGUCUCUCCCUGGAUGCCGCCAUAUUUGUAGGAAGGACUAUCUCCAACCUCAGUGUUGUCCUGGCCACUGGGGCCCAGGCUGUAUAGAGUGCCCAGGCGGAGCGGGGUCACCCUGCAAUGGCAGGGGCAGUUGUGCUGAAGGCAUGGAAGGAAACGGAACCUGCUCCUGCCAAGAAGUGUUUGGUGGAACAGCCUGUGAAACCUGUGCUGAUGACAACUUAUUUGGACCCAGCUGUUCAGCAGUGUGCAACUGUGUGCAUGGGGUGUGCAACAGUGGACUAGAUGGCGAUGGAACCUGUGAGUGCUACUCUGCGUACACUGGUCCCAAGUGUGACAAGCCCAUCCCUGAAUGUGCAGCCUUGCUCUGCCCAGAAAAUUCCAGAUGUUCACCUUCCACUGAAGAUGAAAACAAACUGGAAUGCAAAUGCCUUCCCAAUUACCAGGGCGAUGGCAAAUACUGCGAGCCCAUCAAUCCGUGUUUACAAAAAAUCUGCCACCCUCAUGCUCAUUGUACGUACCUGGGACCAAAUCGGCACAGUUGUACAUGCCAAGAAGGCUACCAUGGGGAUGGCCAAGUGUGCUUGCCUGUGGACCCCUGCCAAACUAACUUUGGAAACUGCCCUACAAAGUCUACAGUGUGCAAAUAUGAUGGGCCUGGACAGUCUCACUGCGAGUGCAAGGAGCAUUACCACAAUUUCGUACCUGGAAUGGGGUGCAGUAUGACUAAUCUAUGUAAAACAAAUAACCUGUGUCAUAGGAAUGCAAAUUGCACCACCGUCGCACCAGGCCGAACUAGAUGCAUUUGCCAGAAAGGUUACGUGGGUGAUGGCUUAACGUGUUAUGGAAACAUUAUGGAGCGACUCAGAGAAUUAAAUACUGAACCCAGAGGAAAAUGGCAAGGAAGGCUGACCUCUUUCAUCUCACUCCUAGACAAAGCUUAUGCCUGGCCACUGAGUAAGCUGGGGCCCUUUACGGUGCUGUUACCUACAGAUAAGGGACUGAAAGGAUUCAAUGUAAAUGAGCUUUUGGUGGAUAAUAAAGCUGCUCAAUACUUUGUGAAACUCCACAUAAUUGCUGGUCAGAUGAACAUCGAACAUAUGAAUAACACAGACACAUUCUACACCUUGACUGGAAAGUCGGGGGAGAUCUUCAACAGUGAUAAGGACAAUCAAAUAAAGCUUAAACUCUAUGGAGGCAAAAAGAAGGUAAAAAUUAUAGAGGGGGACAUCAUUGCUUCCAAUGGGCUUCUGCACAUCCUUGACAGAACCAUGGACAAGCUAGAACCCACAUUUGAGAGCAAUAAUGAGCAAACCAUAAUGACAAUGCUACAACCAAGAUACAGCAAGUUCAGGUCUUUGUUAGAGGAAACCAACGUGGGACAUGCUUUAGAUGAGGAUGGAGUUGGUGGACCAUACACCAUUUUUGUUCCAAGUAAUGAAGCAUUGAAUAACAUGAAGGAUGGCACUCUCGAUUACCUCCUUUCUCCAGAGGGAUCUCGGAAGCUUCUGGAACUCAUCAGAUACCACAUUGUCCCAUUUACCCAGCUUGAAGUGGCCACUCUCGUCUCCACCCCUCACAUCAGGAGCAUGGCCAACCAGCUCAUACAGUUCAACACCACCGACAACGGACAGAUUCUGGCAAAUGAUGUGGCAAUGGAAGAAAUUGAGAUCACUGCCAAAAAUGGCCGAAUUUACACACUGACAGGAGUUCUCAUUCCUCCCUCCAUCGUCCCGAUUCUGCCCCAUCGAUGUGAUGAAACAAAGAGAGAGAUGAAACUGGGCACUUGUGUGAGCUGUUCUCUGGUGUACUGGAGCAGAUGUCCUGCUAACUCUGAGCCCACAGCACUCUUCACACACAGAUGUGUCUACAGUGGCAGGUUUGGGAGCCUGAAGAGCGGCUGUGCCCGGUACUGCAAUGCCACCGUGAAGAUUCCAAAGUGCUGCAAAGGCUUCUAUGGACCCGACUGCAACCAGUGUCCAGGAGGCUUCUCAAAUCCAUGCUUGGGAAAUGGACAGUGUGCAGAUAGCCUCGCUGGCAACGGGACGUGCAUCUGCGAGGAGGGCUUCCAAGGCUCCCAGUGUCAGUUCUGCUCUGAUCCCAAUAAAUACGGACCUCAGUGUAACAAAAAAUGCCUGUGCGUUCAUGGAACAUGCGAUAACAGGAUAGACAGCGAUGGGGCCUGCCUCACCGGCACAUGCAGAGGUGGCUCUGCCGGAAGACUCUGUGAUAAGCAGACCUCAGCCUGUGGGCCCUACGUGCAGUUCUGUCACAUCCACGCCACCUGUGAAUACAGCAAUGGGACAGCCAGUUGUGUUUGCAAAGCAGGAUAUGAAGGAGAUGGAACUGUAUGUUCUGAGAUGGACCCUUGCACAGGACUAACUCCAGGAGGCUGUAGCCGCAAUGCAGAAUGCAUCAAAACUGGCACGGGCACCCACACCUGCGUGUGUCAGCAGGGCUGGACAGGGAAUGGGAGAGACUGCUUGGAGAUCAACAACUGCCUGCUGCCCAGUGCAGGCGGCUGCCACGACAACGCAACCUGUUUGUACGUGGGUCCCGGGCAGAAUGAAUGUGAGUGCAAGAAAGGAUUUCGAGGAAAUGGGAUUGACUGUGAACCAGUAACUUCAUGCUUGGAACAGACCAGGAAAUGUCAUCCGUUGGCAAACUGCCAGUCUACUUCUUCUGGUGUCUGGAGCUGUGUUUGUCAAGAGGGCUAUGAAGGAGAUGGCUUUCUGUGCUAUGGAAACGCAGCAGUGGAAUUGUCCUUUCUCUCCGAAGCAGCUAUAUUUAACCAGUGGAUAAAUAAUGCUUCUCUACAACCCACACUGUCAGCCACCUCAAACCUCACUGUCCUCGUGCCUUCCCAACAAGCUACUGAGGACAUGGACCAGGAUGAGAAAAGCUUCUGGUUGUCACAGAGCAAUAUUCCAGGCCUAAUAAAAUACCAUAUGCUACUAGGCACAUACAGAGUGGCAGAUCUGCAGACCCUGUCUUCUUCUGACAUGUUGGCAACAUCUUUGCAGGGCAACUUCCUUCACUUGGCAAAGGUGGAUGGGAAUAUCACAAUUGAGGGGGCCUCCAUUGUCGAUGGGGACAAUGCAGCCACAAAUGGAGUGAUCCACAUCAUCAACAAGGUGCUGGUCCCACAAAGACGUCUAACUGGCUCCUUACCAAACCUGCUCAUGCGGCUGGAACAGAUGCCUGACUAUUCCAUCUUCCGGGGCUACAUCAUUCACUAUAAUCUGGCGAAUGCAAUUGAGGCUGCCGAUGCCUACACAGUGUUUGCUCCGAACAACAAUGCCAUCGAGAAUUACAUCAGGGAGAAGAAAGUCCUGUCUCUAGAGGAGGACGUCCUCCGGUAUCACGUGGUCCUGGAGGAGAAACUCCUGAAGAAUGACCUGCACAAUGGCAUGCAUCGUGAGACCAUGCUGGGUUUCUCCUAUUUCCUUGGCUUCUUUCUCCACAACGACCAGCUCUACGUAAAUGAGGCUCCAAUAAACUACACCAAUGUAGCCACUGAUAAGGGAGUGAUUCAUGGCUUGGGGAAAGUUCUGGAAAUUCAGAAGAACAGAUGUGAUAAUAAUGACACUACUAUCCUACGAGGAAAAUGUAGGACAUGCUCCUCAGAGCUGAUCUGCCCAUUCGGAACUAAACCUCUAGGUAAUGAGAAGAGGAGAUGCAUCUAUACCACCUAUUUCAUGGGAAGACGAACCCUGUUUAUUGGGUGCCAGCUAAAAUGUGUGAGAACUGUCAUUACGAGAGAAUGCUGUGCCGGCUUCUUUGGUCCCCAGUGCCAGCCCUGCCCAAGGAAUGCCCAGAACGUCUGCUUUGGUAAUGGCAUCUGUUUGGAUGGAGUGAACGGCCCGGGUGUGUGUGAGUGUGGGGAGGGCUUCAGUGGCACAGCCUGCGAGACCUGCACCGAGGGCAAGUACGGCAUCCACUGUGACCAAGCAUGUUCUUGUGUCCAUGGGAGAUGCAACCAAGGACCCUUGGGAGAUGGCUCCUGUGACUGUGAUGUUGGCUGGCGAGGAGUGCAUUGUGAGAAUGUGACCACAGAAGACAACUGCAAUGGGACGUGCCAUACCAGCGCCAACUGCCUUCCCAACUCAAAUGGUACAGCUUCAUGCAAGUGUGCAGCAGGAUUCCAAGGAAAUGGGACCACCUGUACAGCAAUCAAUGCCUGUGAAAUCAGCAAUGGAGGUUGCUCUGCCAAGGCUAACUGUAAGAGAACCACCCCAGGAAGGCGAGUGUGCAUGUGCAAAGCAGGUUACACGGGUGAUGGCAUUGUGUGCCUGGAAAUCAACCCAUGUUUGGAGAACCAUGGUGGCUGUGACAAGAACGCAGAGUGCACACAGACAGGACCCAACCAGGCUGCCUGUAACUGUUUGCCAGCAUACACUGGAGACGGAAAGGUCUGCACGCUCAUCAACAUCUGCUUAACUAAAAAUGGCGGCUGUAGUGAAUUUGCCAUCUGCAACCACACUGGGCAAGGAGAAAGAACUUGUACUUGCAAGCCAAACUACGUCGGAGAUGGAUUUACCUGCCGUGGCAGCAUUUAUCAGGAGCUUCCCAAGAAUCCGAAAACUUCCCAGUAUUUCUUCCAGUUGCAGGAGCAUUUCGUGAAAGAUCUGGUCGGUCCAGGCCCCUUCACUGUUUUCGCACCUUUAUCUGCAGCCUUUGAUGAGGAAGCCCGGGUUAAAGACUGGGACAAGCAGGGCUUAAUGCCCCAGGUUCUUCGGUAUCAUGUGGUCGCCUGCCACCAGCUGCUUCUGGAAAACUUGAAAUUGAUCUCAAAUGCUACUUCCCUCCAAGGAGAGCCAAUGGUCAUCUCCGUCUCUCAGGGCACAGUAUAUAUAAAUAAUAAGGCUAAGAUCAUAUCCAGUGAUAUCAUCAGUACUAAUGGCAUUGUUCAUAUCAUAGACAAAUUGCUAUCUCCCAAAAAUUUGCUUAUCACUCCCAAAGACACCUCUGGAAGAAUUCUGCAAAAUCUUACGACUUUGGCAACAAAGAAUGGCUACAUCAAAUUUAGCAACUUAAUACAGGACUCAGGUUUGCUGAGUGUCAUCACUGAUCCCAUCCACACCCCAGUCACUCUCUUCUGGCCCACUGACCGAGCCCUCCAAGCCCUACCUGCUGAACAACAGGACUUCCUGUUCAACCAAGACAACAAGGACAAGCUGAAGGAGUAUUUGAAGUUUCAUGUGAUACGAGAUGCCAAGGUUUUAGCUGUGGAUCUUCCCACAUCCACUGCCUGGAAGACCCUGCAAGGUUCAGAGCUGAGUGUGAAGUGUGGAGCUGGCAGUGACAUUGGUGACCUCUUUCUGAAUGGCCAAACCUGCAGAAUUGUGCAGCGGGAGCUCUUGUUUGACCUGGGCGUGGCCUACGGCAUUGACUGUCUGCUGAUUAAUCCCACCCUGGGGGGCCGCUGUGACACCUUUACUACUUUCGAUGCCUCGGGGGAAUGUGGGAGCUGUGUCAAUACUCCCAGCUGCCCAAGGUGGAGUAAACCAAAGGGUGAGAAGCAGAAGUGUCUCUACAACCUGCCCUUCAAGAGGAACCUGGAAGGCUGCCGGGAGCGGUGCAGCCUGGUGAUACAGAUCCCCAGGUGCUGCAAGGGCUACUUCGGGCGAGACUGUCAGGCCUGCCCUGGAGGACCAGAUGCCCCGUGUAAUAACCGGGGUGUCUGCCUUGAUCAGUACUCAGCCACCGGAGAGUGUAAAUGCAACACCGGCUUCAACGGGACGGCUUGUGAGAUGUGCUGGCCGGGGAGAUUCGGGCCUGAUUGUCUGCCCUGUGGCUGCUCGGACCACGGACAGUGCGAUGAUGGCAUCACGGGCUCCGGACAGUGCCUCUGUGAAACGGGGUGGACAGGCCCCUCGUGUGACACUCAGGCAGUUUUGCCUGCAGUGUGUACGCCUCCUUGUUCUCCUCAUGCCACCUGUAAGGAGAACAACACGUGUGAGUGUAACCUGGAUUAUGAAGGUGAUGGAAUCACAUGCACAGUCGUGGAUUUCUGCAAACAGGACAACGGGGGCUGUGCAAAGGUGGCCAGAUGCUCCCAGAAGGGCACGAAGGUCUCCUGCAGCUGCCAAAAGGGAUACAAAGGGGACGGGCUCAGCUGCACAGAGAUAGACCCCUGUGCAGACGGCCUUAAUGGAGGGUGUCACGAGCACGCCACCUGUAAGAUGACAGGCCCGGGCAAGCACAAGUGUGAGUGUAAAAGUCACUAUGUGGGAGAUGGGCUGAACUGUGAGCCGGAGCAGCUGCCCAUUGACCGCUGCUUACAGGACAACGGGCAGUGCCAUGCGGAUGCCAAAUGUGUCGACCUCCAUUUCCAGGAUACCACUGUUGGGGUGUUCCAUCUACGCUCCCCGCUGGGCCAGUAUAAGCUGACCUUUGACAAAGCCAAAGAGGCCUGUGCCAAUGAAGCUGCAACCAUGGCAACCUACAACCAGCUCUCCUAUGCCCAGAAGGCCAAGUACCACCUGUGCUCAGCAGGCUGGCUGGAGAGCGGGCGGGUUGCCUACCCCACAGCCUUCGCCUCCCAGAACUGUGGCUCCGGUGUGGUUGGGAUAGUGGACUAUGGACCUAGACCCAACAAGAGUGAAAUGUGGGAUGUCUUCUGCUAUCGGAUGAAAGAUGUGAAUUGCACCUGCAAGGUGGGCUAUGUGGGAGAUGGCUUCUCGUGCAGCGGAAACCUGCUGCAGGUCCUGAUGUCCUUCCCCUCACUCACAAACUUCCUGACGGAAGUGCUGGCCUAUUCCAACAGCUCAGCUCGAGGCCGUGCAUUUCUAGAACACCUGACUGACCUGUCCAUCCGUGGCACCCUCUUUGUGCCGCAGAACAGUGGGCUGGGGGAGAACGAGACCCUGUCUGGGCGGGACAUCGAGCACCACCUCACCAAUGUUAGCAUGUUUUUCUACAAUGACCUUGUCAAUGGCACCACCCUGCAAACAAGGCUGGGGAGGAAGCUGCUCAUCACCGCCAGCCACGACCCACUCCAACCGACGGAGACCAGGUUUGUUGAUGGAAGAGCCAUUCUGCAGUGGGACAUCUUUGCCUCCAAUGGGAUCAUUCAUAUCAUUUCCAGGCCUUUAAAAGCACCCCCUGCCCCAAUGACCUUGACCCACACUGGCUUGGGAGCAGGGAUCUUCUUUGCCAUCAUCUUGGUCAUUGGAGCUGUUGCCUUGGCUGCAUAUUCUUUCUUUCGGCUAAACCGGAGAACAAUCGGCUUCCAACAUUUUGAGUCGGAAGAGGACAUUAAUGUUGCAGCUGUUGGCAAGCAGCAGCCUGAGAAUAUCUCCAACCCCUUGUAUGAGAGCACCACCUCAGCUCCCCCAGAACCUUCCUACGACCCCUUCACAGACUCUGACGAACGGCAGCUUGAGGGCAACGACCCCUUGGGGACACUAUGAGGGCCUGGAUGGGAGACACCAGCCAUCACCCACUGCCAUCUGGGCCAUCAACUGAAUUCUCAGCACCAGUUGCCUUUUGGGAACAUAAAGUCCUUUAAGCACUCAGAAGCCAUACCUCAUUCUCUCUGGCUAAUCUGGGGGUUGUUUCUGUGGGUUUCUGUGGGCGAGGGAUAUGUUACUGUGCCCACCCAGUGCAGCUUCCUCCUCUGACCCUUUGGCUCUUCUUCCUUUGUACGCGUCAGCUGGCACCCGCUCCAUUCUGCCCCACACGAUGGGUAACUGAUCUUUCUUCCCUGUGAGAUUGUAAGCCUCCAUCUUUGCAUCCCAGCCCCUGGCCCAGUGCCUGACACAGGAACUGUGCACAAUAAAGGUUUAUGGAACAGAAACAAAGUCAA